GAAGCAAGACUUUCGAGGGCUUUCGAGACUUUUCUCUAUUUCGAUGUGAUAAGUAAUCCUCUUUGGAACCGAUUUAAAAGACAUCAAUAAAAUUUUCCCUGCAAAAGUCAAACACUGCAUUGUUGAUCCGAAUACUGUGCAUUUGAAGCGCGUUGUCAAGACCAGGUAGCCAUGCGCAAAGCAUUCUCGAAGUUCACCGACAAGCUUGAUGGCUCCAAACCAAGCUCCGGGACCAAUCCAGCUCAAGGGAAUACGUCUCAUGGCCCGCCACCAAUCAACUACGACUCAAAACCAAAUCGAAAAAUAAUCUACCCACAGCCUGGUCAACAAGAACCAGGACCGGGACAACUACCACCAAAGGUCGCAUCAACACAGCAUCAUGGGAAAAUGCGUUUCUUUCAUCCCAACGGUCACGAGCAUAUUGUAUCACGAGACGUGGGUAAUUCGGGCGUCCUCGAUGGCAAGAUUGUAUGGGGUUGGGGUGACACCUUGAUGGGAGCUGGAGGAAGAGGAUCCAAGGCCAGCAUUUGUGCCACGGACAGUACUUCCAUUGGGCACCUGUCUGAUCGGAUGUGUGCAACUGACACUGCACUUUGGGACAACAAUGAAUUCGUUGCGAACUUCAUCCCUUGUCUCCCGCACGAAGAGAAGGAUGGAGGGCUUACCAAGUAUGCUUUUGGUGGCUCAAAUGUCAUCGAAUAUGCUCCAAAUCAAGGUCUUCUCUUCUUCCUCAAGAUCCAUCGACCAUCUGGGAAGAACAUCAUCAAGGGUGCUGGCGUUGCUUCCGUCACCAUGGAAGGCCACGUUCCCAAGUGCAAGCGAGAGAUGGAAACUCUGUGGACAAAGGAAGAGGCUUGUUAUGGAGAUGUAGGUAUCGCCUACGAUACCCGAGACGGUUUUGUAUAUGCUUUUGGCAAAGGUCCGCAACAGGACGAUGAACAACUUAUCAGACGAACAUAUCUAUGCAGAGCGCCGAUUACUCGAGCAUUCGACAUCAGUGCUUAUCAAUACUGGCAUGAAGACAAGAGAGUGUGGUCUCCACAACGUCUCACGACCCACGGCCAGGGAGGAACUGCAAAGAUCACAAACGAGCAAGCUAUCUUUCCCUACCUGGCAAUGGAUCGAUCUGCUCCAUUUUGGAGUAACUAUUUCAACAAGUGGAUGUUUUUAUACGGCAAUAGUUGGGGGUAUUCAGAUGUGUAUGUAAUGACAGCUGACAAGCUGGAGGGACCAUGGGAUAAGCAUGGUGAUGUGAUUGUGGCAAGUACGCAGCCUGAAGGAGGAAAACCUGUUGCUGGCGAGUUCAGGUAUGCAGUUAAUGGGCAUCCAGAGUGGGAUGAGAGUGGGAAGACUGUGUUUGUCACGUGGACGAAAUUGAAUGAGAUUUAUGGGACGACGAUCGUUUGGGAAUAGAUUUGGUGGGUGCUGCCUUCCAUCUGCAGGAGAAAUAGCAGACUCAUUCCCCGAAGAAUUCCUGCCAUAAACCAUGCAAGGUGUCUUGACAGACUGUAACCUUACUUGAGCAAACUUUGAUAUGUAGAAGAAAAGACGCGCUGGUAACAACGACACAUCAAAGUAAGGCAAGAAGAGAGUACACGCGCACUAAUUAAAUUAUUUCCCCCAGAUUUCGCGACAA